UAGAGACGGAGGACGCGCUCGCUAGAGCGUCCACCCCCCCGCCAGGUGCCCGGAAGUGGCGGGGGCGCGGUGGGACGUUUGAGCUCGGCGGCGGCAAGAUGGCGGCGUCUGCAAAUGCCACCCAUGAAGCCAUCAAUGUCACCCUCCACACCACGCUGGCUGCUACCACCAGAUUGGUGGUACCUACACCUGCUAAGCCCAUCCUUCCAGUUCAGACUGGAGUCCAAGCCCAGCAAGAGGAGCAAUCUAGUGGCAUGACCAUUUUUUUUAGUCUUCUUGUUUUAGCUAUUUGCAUCAUAUUGGUGCAUUUACUAAUAAAAUACCGACUUCAUUUUUUACCAGAAAGUGUGGCUGUUGUUUCUUUAGGUAUCCUUAUGGGAGCUUUUAUAAAAAUCAUAGAGGCUCAAAAGCUGGCCAACUGGAAGGAAGAAGAAAUGUUUCGUCCAAAUAUGUUUUUUCUGCUUUUGCUUCCACCUAUUAUAUUUGAAUCUGGAUAUUCAUUGCACAAGGGUAAUUUUUUUCAGAACAUUGGUUCCAUCACUCUCUUUUCUGUAUUUGGCACUGCAAUAUCAGCUUUCAUUGUAGGUGGAGGAAUUUAUUUCCUGGGCCAGGCUGAUGUAAUAUAUAAACUCAACAUGACAGACAGUUUUGCAUUUGGAUCUUUAAUAUCUGCAGUUGACCCUGUGGCUACUAUUGCCAUUUUCAAUGCCCUCAAUGUGGAUCCUGUCCUUAACAUGUUGGUUUUUGGAGAAAGCAUUCUCAAUGAUGCAGUCUCUAUUGUCUUGACCAACACAGCAGAAGGUUUGACAAGAGAAAAUAUGUCUGAUGUAAGUGGAUGGCAAACCUUCCUACAGGCACUGGGAUACUUCCUUAAGAUGUUCUUUGGCUCUGCAGCACUUGGCACUCUUACUGGUCUUAUUUCUGCAUUAGUGCUAAAGCACAUUGAUUUAAGGAAAACACCCUCCCUGGAGUUUGGGAUGAUGAUUAUCUUUGCUUACCUUCCUUAUGGACUUGCAGAAGGUAUCUCACUCUCAGGUAUCAUGGCAAUCCUCUUCUCUGGCAUCGUGAUGUCCCACUACACACACCAUAACCUGUCCCCAGUUACACAGAUUUUAAUGCAGCAGACACUGAGAACUGUUGCUUUCAUGUGUGAAACGUGUGUUUUUGCAUUUCUUGGCCUGUCUAUUUUUAGUUUUCCUCACAAGUUUGAGAUGUCCUUUGUCAUCUGGUGCAUAGUGCUUGUUCUGUUUGGUAGAGCAGUGAAUAUUUUCCCGCUUUCCUACCUACUCAACUUUUUCCGUGAUCACAAAAUCACCCCCAAAAUGAUGUUCAUCAUGUGGUUUAGUGGAUUACGUGGAGCAAUUCCCUAUGCCCUCAGCCUCCAUUUGGGCUUGGAACCCAUCGAGAAGCGGCAGCUGAUCGGGACAACCACCAUCAUCAUCGUGCUGUUCACCAUCCUGCUCCUGGGGGGAGGGACCAUGCCCCUCAUCAGGCUGAUUGACAUUGAGGACUCCAAAGCACGCAAGAGGAACAAGAAGGACAUUAAUCUCAGCAAGACAGAGAAGAUGGGAAAUACCAUAGAAUCUGAACAUUUAUCAGAGCUCACAGAGGAGGAGUAUGAAGCCCAGUACAUAAAACGCCAGGACCUGAAAGGGUUUAUGUGGCUUGAUGCCAAGUAUUUGAAUCCUUUCUUCACCAGAAGACUCACACAAGAAGAUUUGCACCACGGACGCAUCCAGAUGAAAACCCUGACAAACAAAUGGUACGAGGAGGUACGACAGGGACCCUCGGGGUCUGAAGAUGAUGAGCAGGAGCUGCUAUAGCAGAGCAGGAGUGCAAUGAGCUUCUCAGAGCAUGUGAAAGAGGAUUUAAAUAUCAAGAGUCUGACUGCAGAAAAGCUGGAAAGCUAAGAAUGACCUUUGUGAUUUCAGGCAUGUCUCGUGCUACACGUUUAGGCAUAAAACCUCAGAUCUGUGCUUAGUGUUACUAGUGAGUGGUGGAAACCCCCAAGUGUCAGACACUGGGCUGGGUAAAGAACCUUUUGUUCAGAUUUUACAGCACAGCAAAUUUCAUGCAGCCUAUUGAAAAACAGAAGCAUCUUCCCUGAAACAGUGACAUUGUUUAACAGGGAGGUCUUCUUCCUAUUAUGAAAUUUGCUGUAAACAUCUGCUGAAGUACAGAGCCACUGUGUGACUACAGAGUAGGAUGAAUUGCACUUUACUUUUUUUUUUAAAAUAUAUAUAUUCAUUCACAGCAUGGAGAAGCUUGACAGCUUAUACUGUGAAUUUGUUUCAGCACUAGUAAGGGAACCUGACUGGAAUAAAUCUAUAAUGAAUGGGAUUUGCACAUUAUGAAUCCAGGGAAGAUGCAUACCUUGACAAAAAGCAGGUGUUGCCCAUACAAGGAAGCACCUCUGAAAACUGGUGGGUUUGUCAUUUAAGAAAUACUCAGUUUCUAUUUUAUGGGAUUUUUUUCUUUUUUUUAUACUGAAGUAUCUAACCCAUAGUACUGAUUAUAGCAUGAUUUGGGGAAGUGGGGGGUUGUAUGACACAGUACAGAACUGCAUUUGAAGUUCUAGUUUUAACAUGUUUUUUUCUUUGACUAAAGCCAGUUGCAGUUGGGUUUCUGUACUUGGCAGUUGCUCCUUGCUGGCACUUUAGCUUCAAAUCUUAGAAAACAGCAGCUUUUGUUUUGCCUAAUUUAUGAAGUGUCCCUAACACUCCAGAAUUCACUAGUGGAACUUUUAAGUUGUAGUGGAAGCAAAAGCCUUUUUCAUAUCAUCUGCUUGCUGAACUAAUGUGUACAUGAGGAAGAAGUCUACAAAAUCCAGGUACAGAAAGGUUAAUACUGCACAUUGCUGAAGCAGCCUCAGUUGAGAAGUGCCAAACAGCUUUUAUUAACUGUCCUGUUUGAUACUGUGAUGUUUCUCACCUGCUUACACUGUUUCAAAAUCAGGAGCAUCAUUUCACUUUUUCUACAUGGCCCCAACCAUUUUCUCAAAACUAAACACACCUCAACAGGCAGUGUUUGUUGCAUGAUUUCCAUGGUUACUCAUGCAGCAGUUUGCUCUCACUGCCAGCCCAAAUUCCUCAUUAGUCAUUUCCAUGGUCACUGUUGAAAUGUGAAUUCUAGUCCUGCACCUAAAUCUGCCAUGCAAGUGCACACAUUUGUUUCUAAAAGUGUGAGACUUAUAUUUUUGGGCUGGUGUUGCUGCUAAGGUUUUUAAUCAACUGCUUAUCUGCUGGGAGGAAUAAAAGUUCAAGAAUGUAUUCAGAAUCCUAAA